CACAUCGUUAGCAAAAGCCUCGUCCACGCCAGUCAACAGACAACCAUGGAGUAUAGACAGCCGAAGUGGGUUCUUGAACUCGAUAAUGGCCUCCCACCCAGAUCAAAAGCCGCCAGCAGCCUGCCAGAUCCUCCCGGAUACUCUUCGAAGUCGGCGUCCGGAAAACAGAGAGCGCAAGUCUCUGCCAGAAAAGCGCCUACACCCGAAGAGACGGAAACUCUGAAGCUCAAGAAAGCGUGGGAAAUUGCCUUGGGACCUGCAAAGCAAAUUCCAAUGCAGGCUAUCAUGGGCUACAUGUCUGGAAACUCUUUACAAAUCUUCUCUAUAAUGAUGGUGUGGAUGCUGUUCAAGAACCCUAUCCAAGCGAUUUCGCAGACAAAUAUGGCCUUUUCCAAACUCGAAAGCGAAGGGACACGCUCGCAAAUGCUAGGAGUAAAAGCGGUCUAUGUACUUAUGCAAUGCCUAUUGCUUGGCCUAGGAAUAUAUAAGGUCAACAGCAUGGGAUUGUUACCUACGACCAGAAGUGAUUGGUUGGCGUGGGAGUUCGAGAGACAACCGCUGGAAAGAGCAUACUUUGCCUUUGGAGGAUGAUGGCACGUCCUUCCAUGACUCCGCUUCACAACUUCGCCGCAGGCUCAUAGCCGGUCAAGAUUUUGAGUGUCCUCUAUUAAUGGUUUCUGAAGGGCUUGGGCCAUCCAAUAUCUCCACGCAGCGCCGCACAUUGGGUUGGAGAUUCGUAGGCUGAACGCCUGCUCACGGAAGAUGAUACAAGUGUGGCCGGGGCUCUACUGAGUCCGGGCUGUUCUACAGACCGCCGCUAUUCUAUGUGACAACAGCGGAAAUAUCCCAGGUUGCAUACCUCCGCCAGCUAACAUUGUGGACAUCGAAUUAUUCUUCUUUAUGCGAUUUCUUCAAAACGCGGAAGUUCUCUCAACAUCAUCUGCUCACGGCCUCUGGCGGAACUUUCGUGGUUGGUGACCCUCAAUGGUACCCUGCUGUUGCGACAUCAAAGAUGGUGCUUUUGGAACCUCAUCGCUCGACUUUUCGAUGAGGGCGACUCCUUCAUCAUUCCGGUUGAUUUUGACCUCUCCACGUUCAAGUGCAAGCGCCUGCAUUUUCUCUGCCACUUCGUCUUCUGAUCUUUUGGCAACAGAUAAAGCCUUUUCGAGGUUAGCAGGUAGACUCCAAGAUAUCACAACGUUUCCAGUCAUACAUUUAAAGAUUCAGCAAGGUUCUCAGUGUCAAAUUCAUCGAAUAGCUUGAUGCCGACUGUCGUUAUAUCUCUCAGCCAAGCUGGUCCGGUCCCAAGCUGAGUACGGACAAAAGCUGUUCUCUCUGCACAAAGAGAUGAACACCAUUUCUCCAUUUCCGCCUUGUUGACAAGUUUAAAGUCCUUUCCGCCCUUUUUAUUCCAGACCAAGUUGCCAGUAUGUGAAAGUCUCUGAUUUGGUUUGGGACAGAGGGCAUAGCCGCAUCUGUUGUCUACGUUCCGUUCGUAGAUAAGAUCAUCGAGAUCUGAUUCUUGGAACAAUCCCAGGCAUUGCUUGAAAAGGGAAGCGUCUGAUGGUAAUGGGUGGGCCGGAUCAGCAUCUGGCUUAGAAGGCAGUUCGAAUACUUCUACUACUAGAUCAGCAAUCCGAGUCUGUAGUUUCUUUCUGUCUUGGAUCUCGGUAGCAUGGCGAAGUGCUGUUGAGCGAAUACGAGAUUCUUGGUCAUCAAUUCUCGUGGCCUGGGAAGUCAUGCUAUCCCAUCGCUUUUGUCAUCUAAUUUGCAGUCUACAACCCAGCAGGACCACUGGUAUGAGACGAUUGAAACCGGAGAAUGCUUGAUAUAAUUGGAGCUCGAUGAUAGCGUAAGAUGGUUUGGCGACAGGCAGAGACGG